AUUCUUCCCCAACACUCAAUCCCUUCAAGCACCGUCAGCUCCAGACAUCACCACCAUGGGCUACACGUCCGAGGGUAGCGACGAGAGCAGCGACAAACAGGUCAAGCGCCGAGCCCCAAAAAAGUCGCCAUCCCUAGUGAGGAGAGCCUGUGACGCCUGUAGAAGAAAGAAGGUGCGAUGUGAAGGUCCCAUGAACAGUCUCGCCAAUGCCAGUGAGCCGCACUUGUGCUACCCUCGAGCUCGAUCUUGAUCAAAUGGAGCAGAGUGCGCUCAAUGCGACCGUUUCGGUUAUGAAUGCUCAUAUCUGGAAGAAGCAUCUAGGCGCAGGAAUCCAACAAAAUCCUACGCCAGAAUGCUGGAACAAAGAUGCAGCCGGCUAGAGAUGAUGCUACGGGAGGUGUAUCCGGAUGUCAACCUGGACGAUUAUGUCGGGCCUCCUCUUGACUUUGAGGAUUUUGACCUCGACUCUUACCAAGAAGAGCUCCGGGCCCGCUCCAUUCCCGACUACCCAUCUCUCAAACCUCUCCACCCGGUGCCAUCACCCCUUCCUGCUAGCCCGUCGUCCCCAAAACCCAUUAACGCUCUGAUCGACUCUGUCAGCUUCAUCAGGGAAUCAGGCCGAUGCAAGUCCCUGGACGAGAUAGAGCACCCGAGCGAUGAUAGCGUCGUUGUCGUCAACUCUCUCCGCCGGCUCCAAUACCAGCAUGUCCGAUGGCGGCACCACGGAAGAGCCUCCGGCGCUCAUCUCGUGUGUCACUACCAGGACUUGAAGCAGGAUGCGGGCGAGAGCGGCAACAUAUUUGAAAAGCUCAGCAAGGAUAAACGAGAGGAUUUCUGGCAAGUCCCAGAAUGGGAGCAGUUUGUCUCUGACGUCGGUCAGAAUCCACUCGACUAUUCGAUAUGGCCCGAAAUGGGUCUCGACCAGCAGCUUAUCAACGCUUACUUUGACCAUGUCAAUAUCAACGUUCCCCUCCUCAAUCGGCAUAUCUUCCAGAAGGAGUACGACUCGGGCUUGUGGAGAAGCCAGCAGAGGUUUGGGCGUGUAUGCCUCCUGAUCUUUGCUUGCGGCGCUCGCUUCUACAAUGCGGCCGGGACGUUCUGGCCACGAGGGCUUUCGGCGACGCAAGGUCAGAACAGGGACUAUGACGAGCAAUGGCUGCCUUACUCGGCGGGGUGGAAGUACCUGCGUAUGGCGCUGCACAUGGGGCACAAUCCCCUCUACAUGCCAGAUUUGCACGAGCUUCAAAGUCAAGUCCUCAUAUGCUACUUUCUCCAGUCCAGUACCACACCCCAGAUGAGCGCCCACCUUGCUGGAUCGGCCCUGCGCUCGUCGCAAGAGAUCGGCAUCCAUCUCACCACUGUACUUGAAAGGCUUGAGCCCACCGAGCGAGAGCUGUACAAGCGAGCUUUCUGGUGUCUCUAUCAUUUCGAUAGGUUUAACUGCGCUAUAGUGGGGAGAUCGGUGGCUAUGACGGACAACGAUCUGGAUGCUCCUUUCCCAGAAGAUGUGGACGACGAGUAUUGGAGCGUCGAUGGUCGCGCGUCAUUCAAGCAGCCAGAGGGGAAGGUGUCAAAAGUGGCAAUGUUUAUCCAGCUACUCAAGCUCGAUCAGAUCCUGGGCAAGGUGCUCCAGCUGCUGUACUCUGCUAGACAAGAGGGUUCGAGGCAAGCGACGAGACGGGCUUCUGCUAUCGAGCUCGAUCUGGCACUUGAAGAGUGGGCGGAUAAUGUCCCCGAGGCACUACGCUGGGACCCGAAUUGCUCCAAUUUCACAAUCUUCCAGCAAACGUCCUGUAUAUGGGGAUAUCACGGCUUUGUCAAGAUGCUCAUUCAUCGAAACUUUAUCCCUCCCAAACGCAAAGUGGCUACUAUCGACCAGCUCUCUUCCCUUGCCUCGUGCGUUACCGCGGCACUUUCCAUCUGCAGCAUCAGCAAAGCGGUCCUUCAACGUGGUCGACAAGAAAACUGCCAACCCGGACACUGCCUCGACGUAUCGUUCAAACUUCCCUCUUGGCUAGCGGGGACCAUCCUUCUAGUCAGCAUAUACACAGUCGAGCAGACCGCUGUUGAGAGGCAAGCAGCAGAAGAUGGGAUCAGGGCGUGUUUGGCAGCGAGCAGAGAAUUGGAGAUCAUUUGGAAGCAGGCAGGAAAGGUAUCGGAUUUUAUGGCGCAGUUCUUGAAGGAGACUGAGACGCCGAAUCCGAGAAGGUUGGAAGACGGGAGUGGAGGAGAUCCCAAGAGUCCCAAAGAAUCCAUGCGCUUCACUCCUUCCGCGGGGUUUUUCUCGGUGGAACAGGGCUCUACAAGCCAUGAACGGGCUCAAAGAGGAUUGUUCGAGUCGUGGAAGAGGCUCAACACGUUCGAGUCCCAGCUGUUCAAUAUGAAUAGGUUAUCAGGGGACGCUGAGAGCGAGGAGGCCCUGGAUGGCGAUUGGUGGGGCAGGGUGGUUAACGACCAAAUUGGACCCGAUCUGUACAAUACGUGGAUAUAAGAGCGUCCCAUAGCCCUUUGACAAAACCCUCUGGUUUGCUCGACAUGCACACUCACGGUGACUGACCCAUUGCGCAUAUGCAGCGCGAAGAGCAAGAGGCAUGCGGGGCGCAAGAGCAGAGAGAGGCGACCAUGGCGAAAGACGAGUAACCAGCAAGGUGUCGCCUCAAGAAAAAUAGGAGGAUCGAAGAAAGACCAUCAUACACGUAUACCUAGCAGACAAUCCUAUAUGCAUCGGUGUUGACGGAAAAGAGAAAGACUCAAAACAAGGCAAAAAGAAUCUCCCCGGUGCGAGUCGAACGCACGACUUUCAGAUGUGAAUAUUGUAACCAAUUACAGUCUGACGCUCUAAACCACACUAAAC